AUGGAAGAUCUUACCCCUCAACAAACAAAGGAACUUAUUGAUUUUCUCAAAUUUGAAAGACAAAAUCGUGAUGAAACAAGAGGCGAAAUUUCAGUUGAACUUAAUGAACUCCUUAAAGAGAAAUUCAACAGAGAUGACACGUAUGGUGGUAAAGAAGCCUUAAAGACACUUGCAGAAUUUCCAGAAGCAAUUGCAAAGACGAUGCACACGGAAUUGAUUCACAUGCGCGAUAUUAAUGUAAACUUAAUUCGCCAGAUCUUACUUGAUGCUCAAAAAGAAAACCUUCUUCUUGAAUUAUCAAUUCCAGACUUAGAAAAUGAAGCUUCUACUGAUGCUGCUAACUUACUUGCAGGAAAAUUAAUUAUGAACGCUGAUAAGAUGCCUGCUGCCAAGGAAACAAAAGACGAAGCUCCAGUUGAUGAAAAAAUUGAUGUUGAAGCACUCAUGGCUGAAAAUGAGAAACUUCGUGCUCAAUUACAGCAGAAUAAGCGCCAAUGGCCAGAGUUUAUCGAAGCUCAGAACAAGUUAAAGAAUCUCAAUACAGAAGUUCAUGAUCUUCGUCACAAACUCGGAAAAGAGUAA